AUGACCACUACGAGCUCCGGCUCAGAUGCUCCAAGCGGUACAGUGACAAACUCCACCAAUGCCGCGGCGGCGAAGCAGAAAGAGUCGGAUGCGCAGAACGAGCACGAUGAGCGAGCCGGGGCCCUCCAUGCCCCCCACGCAUCGCGCGAGAAGCAAUGGUGGAAAUUCCGGAUGCGGACCCGCGACGACGAUGCAGAAGCGGACUGGUGGUUCGCCUCGACCGCAAUUCCCCUCCUGGCCGCGACGCUGGGCCCGUUCGCGAACGUCCUCAGCAUCGGCGCGUUGGUGACUCCCUGGGCGAUGAAUCUUCUGGAUCCAGUUACCGGGGAGCGCGUCCCUGAGCUGCAGGGGUUCGUGUUUGCGGACCCGGGGUGGGUGUACUGGCUCAAUGUUGCGAGUCUUGUGGCCGGGUUCGUGGGGAAUGUUUUCCUGUUGUUUAAUUUUACGGGGAGGAUUAGGUAUAUCAUCGCACUGCCGGCGUCGAUUGUGUUUUGGUAUGUUGCGAGCGGUAUUCUCAUUGCCAUCACCGCAUGCAGAGAGAUCUACGACCCACCAAUCCGCCCCAACCAGACCUACACGCAAGGCUUCUGGUACGGAGUGAUGUCGGCCGUGCUUUACCUUAUAUGCUCCAUGAUACUCAUGGUCAACAUGCUCGGCUACUUUUUGGGCCACUACCCGCAGACCUUCAAUCUCACAGACUCCCAGCGGACGCUGAUCCUCCAGACCAUGUGUUUCUUCAUCUGGCUCGCGGGCGGCGGUGCCGUCUUCUCCGUCGUCCAGACCCGCUUCGGCGGGCCAGAUGACUUGGACUGGUCUUUCGUCGAUGCCCUCUACUUCUGCGACGUCACGAUCCUAACGGUCGGCUUCGGUGACCUCGCUCCCACCAAUGACAUUGGCCGGGGCCUCGUAUUCCCCUACUCCGUGGGCGGCAUCAUCAUGCUCGGGCUGGUGAUCUCCAGCAUCCACAACUUCGCGACCGACAUCGGCGCCUCGAAGGUUGUGCAGCGGCACGUCGAGAAGACACGUCUACGCACUGCGCGGCGUGCCGUGCGUACCUCCGUCGAGUUCCGCAGCCGGGAGACCGAAGACACCGCUGGGCCGGGCGGAGCGGGCAUCACCAACCAGCCGGUGAUGAUGAAAAGAGUCAACGCCUUCGCGACGGCGAUGGGCAACACCGUCCCCCUGAUGCGGCGUAUGUCGACGUUCCCACGCCAGCGCAAACCAAAGCUCCUACUGCUCCGCGAAGAAAAAGACCGUUUCGAGGCUAUGCGCAGCAUCCAGCGGUCCACCGCGCGCUUCAAGCGGUGGACCGCCCUCUCCCUCUCCCUAAUCGCCUUCUUCCUCCUCUGGUGCCUUGGCGCGCUCGUCUUCUGGCAAUGCGAGCGCGACACGCUGGGCAUGACGUACUUCCAGGCGCUGUAUUUCUGCUACGUAUCGCUGCUGACGAUCGGGUACGGGGAUCUCAGCCCGAAGUCCAAUGCGGGGAGGUGCUUUUUUGUGGUGUGGAGCUUGAUAGCCGUGCCGACUAUGACGCUGCUGAUCAGCGAUAUGGGGGAUACGGUUAUUGGCACGUUUAAGCAUGGGACAGAUCGCUUGGCGGGGUUUACGGUAUUGCCGGAACAGGGGAUCUGGCAUCGGUGGCUGGGCGCGUGGUUGCGACGAAAGGGGCGAGGGAAGAGGGGCGAGAAGAAGACAGCACCAAAGGCGCCUCGGACGGUUACUGCAGAUGAAAACGGUGCUGCUGAAGGCGUGGGAGGGGAAACCGAGGCGGAAACCACGCUCAAGAGGAGCCUCACCGAGUUGGCGGAAGAGGCAGAAGCGCCGCCCAGCGAAGCGGAACUUGCGCGCCGACUCGCUGUUGCUAUUCGGCGCGCGGCGCAGGAUCUGAAGCUGCACUGCGAGAAGCCGCCGAAGAGGUAUUCGUACGAGGAGUGGGUGGAAUUUACGAAGUUGAUCAGGUUCACUACUAGUGAGGGGGAUGAUGAGGAGGAUGAGAUGAUUGAGUGGGACUGGAUAGGUGAGGACAGUCCUAUGGUGGCGGGUAUGAGCGAGCCGGAGUUCGUGCUUGAGAGGCUGUGUGAGAGUAUGGGGAGGUAUAUUAGGAAGAAGGAGAAGGCGCUGAUAGGCGGGCAAGAGAUUCACGGAGAGGUGAACAGUCUGGAAAAGAGCCGCCAUGAUGUGGGAGAGAGACGUUUUGGAGAGCGCACGGACAAGAAAGCUGGCGACGGGAGACUUGACGGUGGUGGUGAUGGGCAAGGCGAUUAA